GGGGGUUCUUUUUCUUGGGUUUCUUGAUUCUUGGAAGGGGGAAGGACAAAAGGCUGCUUUUUUUUGCUCUGUUUCUCUACGUUGUGGUUUUGCUCGCUUCGAGCUCCAUCUGGGUUCGAUUGCGAUCGCCGUGAUUGAGCUGCAUUCUGAUCUGGUGUCGAGAAUUAGCGUGCCUCGUUGCGAAUGCCAUCGAGAAUUGCUUAAAAGAGCUUGCUUUUUCAGGUGAACAGAUAAAAGGUUUGAGGCAUCCGAGUGCGGAGUUUAGUAAAAUAGAUCAGAGUAUGAGGAAUAAUCGGUUAUCUUUCAAAGAUUUAAACGGAGGAUUGCCAUAUAUCUUACCGACUGAGCCAUUUUUACUGCAUAGUUUAGGAUGUCAUAUAUGUUCUCAGAUUAGUUCUCUUGUUGAUAACUCACUGCAUCAGACGAGAAGUAUGCAUGUCCCUGGAAGUGUCGCUCUUCAAGAAACUUUUCAUAGCAUCUCCAGGGUCACCAAUUCUAUUGUCUAUUGGUUCGCAAGUGGAAAUGCUUCAAACUUGGGUCAGAGGAUUGUGGGGAAUUUGCCUGGUUCGGAAAGUGGGAGUUGUAAAUUUGCUACGCUAGUUAGACAAAUUUCUUCUGGUGCAUCAAGUAAAGAAUUUGUUAGUCCUGAGCUCUUUAACAGAAUUGCUAGUUUCAUCCUGAGACACCUUUCCAAAGAGACGGACAAGCUCCGAUCAUUUCCUAUGCUCUCAAUAGCUGCAGUACUUGUACCACCAUUCGGUACCUUAUCUUCCAAGGUACUCGAUGUCCUGCCGGGAAGUGGUGAUGUGAGAAGUCAUAAUUGCCUAGAUCAAAGACCCUGCGAGGUCGAGAGUCGAGGAUGUCCCGGGCUUUCUGUUCCAGACUUAUACUGGAAAGAACAUGCAGUUGAACCUAGAACCGGCAUCGAGUUCCCCAUGAUUCUGGAUAGUAUACCGGCUGGAGAGAGAAAUAGCAAUUUGAAUUCAAAGAUUCUUGUAGGAACUGGAUCCAGAUCUAUGAAAAUAAUCAAGAUUAAGUCUUUGAAGUUGUAUGCAUUUGGUUUUUAUAUACAUCCUUACUCUGUCUGCAAGAAGCUGGGUACAAAAUAUUCUUCUAUGCCAAUCAGCGAGGUCAAUAAAUGCCAGACUUUUUAUGAGGAUCUUCUCAGGGAAGACAUUAAUAUGACGGUGAGGCUUGUCGUUAAUUGCAAUGGAAUGAAAUUCAACACUGUGAGAGAUGCCUUUGAGAAGUCUAUUCGAGCCCGCUUAUUAAAGACAAAUCCAAACACUGACUAUCAUUGUCUAAGUAAAUUUGGAUCAAUCUUCACUCGCGAUAUCCCACUGCCUAUGGGAACGACUAUUGACUUUCACCGAACAGCUGAUGGAAAUCUAAUAACCGAAAUUGGAGGCAACAAGAUUGGAAGUGUCCAGAGCAGGGAUUUGUGCAGGGCUUUCUUUGAUAUGUACAUAGGAGAUCUUCCAGUUUCUGAAUUAGCAAAAGACGAGAUUGGUAAAAAUGUUGCUGAUAUUAUAAUGAGAUGCUGAGCUGGUUCAGAAGUUCAGCCAUUUCGUUUUCCCACUAAACUGGGGGCAGUGCACCAGGAUUGGGGACCUCUCUUACACAUAGGAGUUCCAUGCCGCCCUUUCUUUUCUUUUCUGUAACGGUGAUAGGAAUCUAUGAAGCAGUGUCUCAUGACUCGGGAAAGACUACUCUGCCUCGUUCAUUGCAUGGAAUAUAGAUCUUAGAUUAGGAUGGUUAUUCGGGGAUACAAUCUCCCCUAUAGAUUUUUGCAGCGCAUGGGGAGAAAGGCCGGGUGUAAGACUGUCAGAUGCAGGGUGUAAAUUGAAUAUAAAUUUCAAUUCUUUUGGCUCUUGCCUUUUCACUGCCA